AUGGUGCGGCAAGGCAGGAGCCAGGCCCGCGGCCCCCCCGGCCUGCUGGUGCCGCUGCCACCUUACUCGCGCGCCAUGCUCUCGCGCCCGUGCCUCACUACUCGCCGCCUUCGCAUAAUGUGCUCAGACGCGACGUUGCCGGCGCAUCGCACCUACUGCAGCACGCCUAUCACUUUAACAAUUAUUGUCGGGUCAGGCUUUACAGAGUCUGUCGUCCGGCAACCGUUCGCGUUACGUAAUACACGGGGCGCUUGCGACGGCGCCUCACCGAAUGCAGCAAUUCAUGAUCGGCGGGACGAGUCGCGUGUUUGGAAUAUUGGAGCGAGUGUCACGUUCGCCCGUUCUCGGCGGACUGGUGCGGGCGCGCGUGCGUUCCUCGCCCGCUCUCUGUAG